AUGGAUUCCUCGCUGCUUACGGUCGUGUUCGUUGUCCUAUGUUGCGCCAGCGUGAACGCUGUCACUGUUUCCACCGGAGUUGGCGAUAUCGUUGGCAUCCAAAGCAGUUAUAAAAAUGCUUUCGUUAAUAAGUUCCUUGGGAUUCCGUAUGCAGAACCUCCAACGGGUGAUCUUAGAUUCCGACCACCCGUUCCGAAACGUCGUUUUGCGGCACCGUACUCUGCAGAUAAGUCCGGCGCGCCCUGCAUCCAGAACCCCAGUGUUAUAAAAAGUGUCCCUCAUCAGAAUAUGAGCGAAGACUGUCUGAGUUUAGACGUGUACGUUCCAGCAGGUGGUGAGGCGAAAAAGGCGGUCAUGGUUUGGAUCUACGGUGGCGCUUUCGUAUCAGGAGCGAGCUUUCUUUACGAUGCAACAAAGAUGGCCGCCAUCGGUGAUGUCAUUGUCGUGACAUUGAACUAUCGGCUAGGAGUCUUCGGUUUCUUCACGACAGGUGAUGCGAAUGCGAGUGGCAACUAUGGAUUACAGGAUCAACAAUUGGCUCUUAUUUGGGUGAAAAUGAACAUUGGACUCCAGCUGGACCAAGAGUCGAUGGAAAAUUCAUCCCAACCUCGCCAAAUUGCCGCGAACCGCCGCCGGAUUGAAGACCAGCCGUUAUUCAGAUCGGUCGACUUUUUGCUGGGGUCGAACAGAUUCGAAGGUUCACCAUUCUUGGAGUGGUACAUUGGCACCUAUUUGCUGGCAACAGGAACCAGCCUUUACAAUGGAGUGCCCGAAUCCGCUUUCAAUCACAUAGCACAAGGCCUCGGAGGAUUGAACAAUUCUGACUCUAUAAAACGUCUCUGGAACAAGUACGCAAAGGGAAAGAAAGCAAUGCCUGACGCAAGGGAACUGUUAGAAUUUAUCGGCGACUCGAUGUUCUACAGAUCUAUCAUGAAGUUUGCCAACGGCCACGCGGCGUCUUCAACCCGUUCGACCUAUUUCUACAGCUUCCUUCAUAAGCCGAGCAGAUUAAUAAGUCCAUUGAGUGUGGGCGUCUCGAUUGCACCAUAUGUUAACGGCUCCAUCCAUGGUGACGAACUUGCGUUUUUCUUCGCACCAGGAUACGUCUGGUUGUCACCAGGACUCACCACUGCUGGCGAGAAAAAACUCUCUGAUGUCAUGAUAAAGUAUUGGACCAACUUUGCCAGAUCGGGAAACCCAAACAUACCAGCCGCAGUUCCGCACCAGUGGCCAAAAUACAAGGUAGACCAGAAGAAAUUCAUUGAGUUCAACAUCAAGAACGAUCAACUUGAUCUGCGCAAUAGCUCGUCUUACCGAAGCCAAUACAUGAGUUACUGGGAUGACAUCCAACCGAGGUUGCCGUCGCUGUGUGUUGCGAAACCAAGCGCAGCUUCAUCUACUUCUCCAAGUGCCCUGCUGGUGGCGAUUCUAAUCGCAGCCAUUUUGAAACUAAUUCAGUAAUGAAGACAAAUUUUGCACUUUUCACGAAGCCGGCGGCGUCGUUUAGAACACGAAACAUUUGCAGGACCCAGUUCCCUAUACUGUGCAUUGAUACACCUGAAGACCACGAAUUUGUCUCCCAUAGUUCCUGCCUUUAGUCCCCCAUCCUAACAUAAUCAGUGGUUUUAAAAAUACUCCGCCUCUCGAUAUAUUUUGUAUAUGAUGAAGGAGUAUCAAAAACCUGUAUCUCGGGAUGUUAGUCCCCCUUUAAGAUUGGGAUUUCUUUUUCUUGAUUACGUAUAUUCGAAGAACGCUCAAUGUUUAAUUCACGUAUAAUGUACAUAUAACAUGCAAAAUGUCAUCCCGAUGGUACGGCAGAUCUAAUUUAAACGGAUGGCAAGCAGUUUUCAGGACUGUCAUUUACACUGGACUGUCCAUCUUCUGCUGUGUCACCGUCAGCGAUGUUACGGUCAUCACCAGUAUUGGAGAUAAUGUAGAAAUAUAUAAAAGAUACUUGAGAGAAUGUCACUUUCACCGAUUUGCUUGGGACUCCCUUUUGCGGAGCCUCCCGCGAUAGGUGACUUGAGACUCCAAGCAGCGGCUCGGAAAACGCCUUACGCGACACCAUCUCUGCCGAAUUCCUUUACAUCUAUUAUUAUUCAGGAACAUAUAUCUUAGCCUGUCGAGGACAUGUCCUAUGUCUUUUGUCUAGUACGGUAGUAUAUAGGCUAUAGAGACUGUAUAUUUUUCAUAGCUAUGACCUUUACAGUCUGGUUCAGAGGAUUUAACGGCAUCCUCAUAACGUAUGGAUUAUUUUUGAAAAGAGUGUUGACAUUCCGAUAUCAAAUUUUUUUCCCCUGUGUUUGUAGUUCUUUUAUAAAGAUGUCACCUGUGUCAUACCAUCUGCCAGCACCAAUAAAUAAAGUAGGCCAUGCAGUGAA